AUGUCGUUGGACUUUGAAACUUACGAUUUAGUUUGCUGUGCCCGGACUUCCCAAGUAAAAAAGGAGUCGGAGCUAGUAAAAUUCGCUCUUGACGCAAGAGCACAUUGUGAUGGCUUUUCACCGGACAAUGCAUCUUCUCGACAUGCACAUCGUUUUUGA